AUGCAGCCGUUUGCGCGUCUAGCUACUAGAGCUCCUCAUCUUCCCCGGCAAAUCCCUGUGCUCCGCUACUCUGCUCAACCGGCAAGAUUCGCACAUUCGUCCUAUGGUAAUGAGCAGUCGGGGAUGCAACAGGGCACACAUGACAAAAACCCAAAGUCCCAUCUGGAACACCCUGGGCCAGAAGCCCCGGCCAGCAAAGGGACCGCCACCUCGUCCUCAUCCACGAAUUCCCAAUCUCAAUCAAAGAAGUCCGACACUUCGAGCCAGGACGCAACGCCUGCUAUCCACCGUCCGAAGUCUGCUGCCGAAAAGGACAACCCGGAAGUGAGGAAGCACAACGAAGAGAUGGAGCAGAGAAGUGACAGAACUCCAAAUCAACUGAGUGAGGAAGACAACAAGGUGGAUAAGAGGUACUGGAAAGGUGACGUUGGUCCUAAAGAUGGAAAGUGA